GCGGAUACUGUCUCCGGUCCCCUAACCCUCGCCCCCACCCCCGGCAACGGAAAGGUGCAGUCAUGCAAGAAAGCAUCAAAUUUGCCUCGGCGGGGGACGAUAUUAAAAUAUGGGACUCAUCCUCUAUGUCUAUGGUGGAACAAUUCAAUCCUCAUUCAUCAUCACUUGGAAUCAGCUCUUUGUGUUGGAGUAGCAAUAAUAAUUUUUUGGUGACUGCCUCUGCCAGUGGUGAUAAAAUAGUUAUUUCAAGUUGCAAGUGUAAACCAGUUCCACUUUUAGAGUUGGCUGAAGGGCAAAAGCAGACAUGUAUAAAUUUAAACUCUACAUCUAUGUAUCUGGUAAGCGGAGGCCUUGAUAACACUGUUAACAUUUGGGAUUUAAAAUCAAAGAGACUUCAUCGCUCUCUUAAGGAUCAUAAAGAUGAAGUAACUUGUGUAACAUUUAAUUGGAAUGAUUGCUACACUGCUUCUGGAUCUCUAAGUGGUGAAAUUAUUUUGCACAGCAUAACUACCAAUUUAUCCAGUACUCCCUUUGGUCAUGGUAAUGGCCAGUCUAUUCGACAAUUGAAGUACUCCCUGUUUAAGAAAUCUCUCCUGGGCAGCGUGUCUGAUAAUGGAGUAGUAACUCUCUGGGAUGUAAAUAGUCAGAGUGCAUACCAUAACUUUGAUUGUAGCCACAAAGCUCCAGCCUCAGGAAUAGCUUUUUCUCCUGUCAAUGACAUGCUACUUGUAACUAUAGGCUUGGAUAAAAGAAUCGUCCUCUAUGACACUGCAAGUAAGAUCCUGCUAAGGACUUUAGUGACAGAGGCUCCCCUAACUGCAGUAGACUUCAUGCCUGAUGGAGCCACAUUGGCAAUUGGAUCUUCCCGUGGGAAAAUAUAUCAAUAUGACUUAAGGAUGUUGAAUUCUCCAGUGAAGAUCAUUUCUGCUCACAAAACAUCUGUGCAGUGUAUAACAUUUCAGUGCUCUUCUGCCCUUUCUAAGUCAAGUUUAAAUAAAACCUCUUCAAAUAAAUCUAUCUUGAACAAAAGAACUGGUAAAGUGAGCAGCACGCCUGGGGGAGUCCAAAAUCCUGGAAUUGUCAGAGAACCAGCUCCUUUAUCAGGUACUGCCAGUUUAUCUCAGCCCAUGACCACAGUUGAGGGGAAAGGACUGGUGGCUGUUCAAGACAAAUCAGGCUUGCCUCGCAGCACAAAUCCAGAUGUUAUUCCAUCUAGAGACUCAGAAUGUGGGAAGAAUUCAGAUCUCUCGAGCUUUGAUGACACAGGAGGAAGAAGCAGUUUAGGGGACCUCUUCUCACCAGUGAGAGAUGAUGCUGCCGUCCACAAGGCAAGUGAGGACUCUACUCCCAGAGGAGACGGCCUAGACUUUCUCCCACAGUUAAAUGCAAUGUUUCCUACAAGAAAACAUCCAUCAAAUACAAGUACACCAGUAUCACAUCUUAGUUCUCUUCACGUCUCAAUGGAAUUCCCACUUACAGAAGAGAAUGAAAGUCAAGAUACAGCAUAUGAGAAUAAGAAGAUGCAGCUGGGAAAACAGGAAUCAAAGGAUUCCUUAAAACAGCUUGCCAAGUUCAUUUCCUCUGGUGCUGAAUCUGGAAAUCUGAAUAACUCCCCAUCAUCUAAUACAACAAGAAGCCCUGAGAAAACAGAAAGUCCAGAGAAAGAAAUUCAGGCCCAUUUGACACAUGAAUCCCCAAUCAAUGGAGCUACCACGGCAAAUCCAAAGAUAAUGUCCUCUGUCACUUCCGGAGUUGCCAACUCACUUUCAGAAAAAAUAGUCGACACCAUUGGAAACACUAGAGCACCUGUACCGCUGACAUCUGUUCAAAUCCAUUUUAUCCAGAACAUGAUACAGGACACACUGGAUGACUUUAGGGAAGCAUGUCAUCGUGACAUUGUAAAUUUACAAGUGGAGAUGAUUAAACAGUUCCAUAUGCAAUUGAAUGAAAUGCAUUCCUUACUUGAAAAAUAUUCGGUCAAUGAGAGUUUAGUAGCUGAAAUCGAAAGAUUACGAGAAGAGAACAAAAAACUUCGGACCAAUUUUUAAGUUAUACUUGGAAACAUCUGUUUUGUGAUUUGGAAUGGCCUUGGCAGCACAGAAAUAUCCUGACUCAGUAUUCUGUUUUCAUGAUUUCUGAAGAGUUGUGAAGAAACUGAGGCCGAAAAGCUCAAGAGACUCAUCCAUAAUGCCAGAGGCAAAAUUUGACCUCGUACCUCUCUGCCUUCUACUAUCCGGAUGAAUCCCUGCAUUUCUCAGUUGGUCGAGCAGAUGCGAAGCAGGUGGCACCGAGAUUUCAAAUAGAAGCCAUUUCUAGGCAUCAUUUCCAGGACAACUCAUAUAAUGGAAGAUUAACUCGGAGCAGAGAUUCUUGUCCUGGUCUCCUCCAGCUGCAUCAUUCAUAGAUUGGAUGUAUGAUCAGGAGCAAGACACUUCAACUCUUGUUGCCCCAGGCAGAUCUCUAAGGUAAA